CUUAACAAGAUAUGUUGUGCUUUAAGAUCUUCAAUCCAUUCAAGUAUAGGGACCACACCAUACUAUAUGGCGUUUGGCCAACAUAUGGUUACUGCUGGUUCGACUUACGCAUUGUUGAGGAGGUUGAAUAUGCUAGAUGACCGAUCUCUCAUGUUUAAUCGACAAGAUUCGUUCGAAAUAAUUCGUGAGGAAGCUGGAAAGCAAAUGCAAAAAGCUCACGAUGUGAACGAAAAAAGGUAUAACUUACGCUCAAGGGAAGUAUCGUUUGUACAGGGACAAGAGGUAUUUCGCCGAAAUUUCAAGCAGAGUUGCUUCCAAACGGGCUACAACGCCAAGUUUGGACCGUCAUUUGUAAAAGCCCGUAUUAGGAGGAAAAUAGGUAACUCUUACUAUGAGCUUGAAGACUUACAAGGUCGAUUACUAGGCAAUUAUCACGCCAAGGAUAUUCGACAAUAAAGUCACUCCAGGCGUUAUCAGUCUAGGGUAUCUAGAACUAAAUACCCUAGUCUGAUUGUAGCGGGGGGGUUUUGUAACGGCGCCUGAAGCGACUUGGUUUAGAAUUUUCGCCUAAAAGCUGACUGCAAAAUAGUUAAAGCGGGGUUUAUCUUAGGUAGUUACCAACCAUUCCAGAU